AUGCGUAAAAAUACAUCAUUAUCCUUAGCUAAGAUUAACAAUAACUAUGUUGUUAGGUUAACGGCACAUAUGACUCUUUCCAAUACUUUGAUUAAUGCAUUACGCAAAUUAUUGCCAUUAUUGAAAUGUGAAAUGAAAUAUAAAGAACAAGGUGCAGUAUGUGAAUUCUUUUGGAAGACAACACUUGUCAGUUAUCCAAUAUCACUUGCAGCACAGACCUCUUCAGUAUGGACCUGUGUGGCUAUCACUGUUGAUCGGUACUUAGCUGUAAAAUAUCCACUACAAACCCGAAUGUGGUGUUCAACAUCACGUGCUAAAUUGGUCUUAUCAGUAAUAGCAACAGUAUCAUUUGUUUACAAAUUACCAUCACUCUUCGAAUUAACUCUAGACGAAUGUGGCCGUUUGACUCCAACGCCAUUACGUACCAACGGCCUUUAUAUUGUUCUAUAUAAUACUUACGGUUAUUUGUUACUACUGAUUAUCAUUCCUUGGACAACAAUGAUUGUCUUAAAUGUUAUUGUUAUCCAAUCAGUACAACAAGCAUACCGUAUCCGUCGUGCUAUGAUCAGUCGUACCUCGAAUCCGGAUGAGAGAGAACGACGCUGUACAAUCAUGGCUUUUGUAAUGAUUUUAACAUUUAUUGCUUGUAAUUUAAUGGCUGGUAUUAAUCACAUUAUUGAAGCAUUCUUUGCUGAAUAUUCCCAAUUUUUUCGCUUACGUUUACCGAUCGGAAAUUUAUUAGUAUGUGUUAACAGUGCUUCAAAUAUUUUUAUUUAUUCAAUAUUUGGCCAUAAAUUUCGGCGGAUUUGUGUAGCCCUUUUGUGUCCUUGCAUUGUCAAUCGUAAUUACAAACGGAUGAAAGCGCUUGGACUUAAUGAAUUAACAAAUCAGAUGUGGAACAAACUUUCGAAUCACACUGCACAGGAAUCUUUUGUUGAGCAAAGGAAUCAACGUAUUUCAAAAAUCGCAAAAAGCUGUCAGGAAGAAAAAUUUGCUGGACCUAAUACCAUUACGGAAACUUUGGUUGGAAAUGUUAAAUAUGACGUGCUGGUGAAAAGUUUAUGAGAAUGAUCUGAAAUGUCUCAGGCAUGGAACUACUUCGUAUUUCUGUACUUCAUACUUCUCCA